AAACCAAUCGGCAGCUUACACUUGUCUCUCUCACUCUUCCGUUUUCGGCUACCCUCAUUUCUCCCGUUCGCCUCUCUGCGCUCUCCUCCUUAUCCAUCCAUGGCAUCCACUUUCAUCACACUCGCUAGACCCUUCUCGUCUCACAAGCCCCACACUCCUUCCCCCAGCAAGAGAUUACUAGGACUUCGCAGUAGUGCACUGAAAAUCAACGCAAUCGCCAAGAAGUGGGAACCCACAAAGGUUGUUCCACAAGCUGAUAGAGUCCUGAUUCGUUUGCAGGAGCUGCCUGAGAAAUCAUCUGGUGGAGUUUUGCUGCCCAAAUCUGCUGUUAAAUUUGAGCGAUACCUUAUGGGGGAGAUUCUCUCUGUUGGUGCUGAUGUUGGGGAAGUUGAGGCUGGGAAGAAGGUUCUUUUCUCAGACAUAAAUGCUUAUGAGGUGGAUUUGGGAACAGAUGGUAGACACUGCUUUUGCAAAGAAAGUGACCUGUUGGCUGUGGUUGAGUAGGGCUCGAGCAUACCGGAAGAGCUUUACAAGAUGGCAGCUCUGUAUUUGUGCUCUUAUCCUUGCAACUUAGGACAAAAAUUUUUGCAGCUUAAUGUGAUCCUCUUGUGCCUUACCUGUUAAACAUCUCUCUUUGCCCUCUCCAGCCAUUGAUAUUUGUUUCUUACCUCCCCCCCUUUUGUUGAGGAGAAAAGAGAAGUCAAUGUUGAUCUUAUUUUCUUUUUCUUUC